AUGUGCACACUGGCUCACCGUCACACCAAGCGUCUCACUGCGGCACGUCCGUACUCGCCGGCGUCUGCCUGGUACCGCCUGGUAUUUUGGCUGGCGUUCCCACUGGGAGUCCUGGUGAUCCUGUCCGGCGGGCUGUUCUACUCGGACGAGGCGCGCGCGUCCGCCGCGCUGCGAGUCGCAUACGCCACGGUCUACAAGCCUGUCUUCCAGCUGCUCGUCGUCACCCUCAUCCUGGGGUGCAUCUUCAAGAUUGACACCGCGUACCGAAGCGUGGUGGAGUGGCGCGGCUGGACGUGGCUGGGCCGCGCGUCGUACGGCGCCUUCCUGCUGCACACCAUGUUCCAGCGCGGGCUCGUCGGCAGCCAGCCGCGGCCCACGCACAUGUCCGACUACUAUGUGAUGACGAUCCUGUGCGCGACGAUCUUCCUAUCCUACGCGGCCGCUGCGGCGCUGUGGCUGACGGUGGAGGCGCCGGCCGCUGGGCUCGUGAAAACUGCGCUCGCGCCGGCAGGGAACGAUAGCAAGCAAAAGACAAAAGAGACCAGGGACAGGACACGAGACUACCUCGCGACACACAACACAGACAAGUGGCAGGGACAGGCCAACGGCCGGGGACUCUCGCUCGCUCCUAGGGCCCGCUCGUUGAGGGAAAACGGCGGGGAAUAAACUGACAUGGGAUAGAUUAAUUUUUAUUUAUAUGUAUAGUCUGCAAGCACGUAGAAUUUUGCCCAAUCACCCCAAGCUACCCAUCCUUAUCGCUCGCGCGUAAUUAUGUUGCUGUCGCGAUCGCACACUCACUGCGGGCGCCCGUCGCACAGUCGCGACAGCAAUAUAAUUACACGCGAGGGUCAUUGGACAAAAUUAUACGUGCUCACAGACCGGGCUUUAGAAUAAAUUAUUAUUAUUAAUUAUCUUCAAAAUUAGCCCUUAUUGUAGCGUGGCCAAAUGUGAUAAGAAUGUAGAGCUUUAAUAAAUUACUUACUCGUAAGUUAAAAUAAAGCAGACGCAUGUAUAGCAUAUGAAGUGUAGGUAACAUGGUUUUAUUAGUAUUUAACAUUUUGAUUUAAAAUUGUGACAUCAACCAAACAAUAAAAUGUAAGUCAGGUACUUUCUGGACAACAUCAGUACUUAUUUAAUUUUUUACAUUAAAAUAACAAAAUUGAAAGGUUUUUUUA